AUGAGUUUGAACAUCGUUUUGGGCCCUGAGUUUCCAAACGAAAAGCCUGCGAUUUUCGUCAAUCCUGUGUUUACGCAUCCAUGGAUUGCUGAAAAUACGAAUCAAGUAGUGGGGGCUCCAGGACUGAUAAAUUUCACACCACACUCAGACUUGGGGCGUGUGGUUCAAGCAAUCAUAAGAGAGUUCCAAAGAUCCAUUCCCAUGACAAGUCAUGAAGAUAAAUCAACAGAUUCCAGUCCACAGUCGAAUUUAAGCUCUCAGUCAUUAAUGUUUCCUGAUUUAAGUGAACUGAGCAUAGAUGAGCUUCAAGAGAUCCUUGAGAAUCCCGAUUUGCAGGACAAACUCAUUGAGACUAAUCCACAACUUAUUGAACUCGACUUAGAAACAGAGGAACUUAUGAACAGCAUAGAAGAGAUUGCUCAAGAUAAUAUUGCUAAACAGCAGAUGCUUGAUGAUCUAAAAACCGAAGUGAUAGACCGAAUCUCUACAAUAGUACAAAUGAAGAUGAAUUAUGAGGAGCUUAACAAAAAACAUCAAAAGCUGGCAGAAAUGUAUGACCCACAUAGGAUCAGGGAUUGUUUGAAAGAAUCUGCAUUAAAAGCGGAUGAGGAUGCUGAGGUCAUUGCAGAGCAGUUUUUAUUGGGCAAUAUACCAGUGGAAAGUUUCAUAGCAAAGUUUGCUGAGAAAAGAGCUUUAGGGCAAGCGAGGCGGGCAAGGGAGGAAAGGUUGGCGCAUCAAUUGGCUCAGCUGGACAAAGCCACAACA